UGCCUGCCUGCCUGCCUGCCUGCCUCUGCUACCUCGUUUGUUGGAUUAUCCUUUUGUUCUGUCUUCCCCUGGAUCAUUUGUUUAUGGACUGUUUUUUCUUCUCUGCGGACAACCUUGGUUUGGACUCUGCUGUAAGUUUAGUUCCUCUUGAGUUUAAUAAAUUCUAAGAGACUGUAUCUGUCCCGCCUGCUUGUCCUGCGUUUGGGUCCUAAUACCUGUUCCUGCCUGCACACACGACAAACCGUGACAUUGUUUCAUCUGAUCAUAAGCCCUGCUGCUGCAGGGGGAAUUGAACCAUGGAGGAAUUUGGCUGGCAAGUAUAAGGGUCAGAGAAGUCUGCAACCUCACUAUACAGCAAGCAGGCCAACUGAGAGACAAGCAGACAGGGAGGGCGGCUGAGCGACACACAAGUACACAGUUACGCAAUUAAGCUGACAGAGGAAGAAGACAGACGGAUGGGCAGGAAAGCAGACAGGUGAAGGAAAUGAACCCUCUCCAUUUCCAAAUGGCGAUGCAGACCGUGGAGGCCCCAGCAUCCCGUCUCCUCUAUUCCCUGCUGAUGAUGAAUGGCUGGUGGGACAUCAGCGUUCUGCUCUGUCAGGAAUGGGACAUUAGCAACUUCCUCGUCCUCAUCAAGAACAACACCCGCUUUCACCUGGGCACUCUUGUCAAUCUGACAACUACCGCCUCAACCAUGCCACAAUCUUCAUCUCCAAUAUCAUACUCAGGAGCGGAGGCUUCGUCAUCAUUGUCGUCUUUACCUUAUUUCUCCCCCGCUGCCUCGUCCUCUGCUUCUUCAUCAACUUCCUCGGCUAAAUCAGACCAGCAGCAAGCUCUCAUGCGGCAGCUGGAGGCCCUGAGAGAACCUUCAUCCACAACAGGAGUGGUGACAUUUGGGUGCGAGAUCCGCGAGGUGCGCCGCCUGUGGACGCUGGCCACCCGGAUGACGCUCCCAGAGUUUCAUUGGGUUUUGGGGGACAGCCAGAAUGUGGCAGAGCUGAGAACAGAAGGGUUGCCCCUGGGGCUACUAGCACACGGGGUCAUGGGGUCCCCUUCUCUGGAUCACUACGUCCACGACUCAGUGGAGCUGGUCGCGCGGGCAGUGAGCUAUGCAGCCCAACAGAAUCCUGCCUUGGCACUCAUACCUGGGACUACUAACUGUAUGGAUGUACAACAGAGCAAUGGCAGCUCAGGGGACUACUUGGCAAGAUUCCUAUCCAACACAUCAUUUGAGGGCCAGAGCGGUUUUAUAUCCAGAGACACUAACAGCCAGAAUGUCAUCUCAGAGGCCCAUCACUACAUCUGGUCCCUCCAGUUGGACCCUCUAGGCCAGCCAACUUGGACCCGCCUGGGCCGCUGGCGUAGAGAGAAAGUUCUGAUGGACCAGGGGGCCUGGCCAAGCCAUCAUGGUUCUGGGGGCGGAGGCGACUGGCGCCGAUCUACACGGCUGCACAUGCGAGUGGUGACACUGGUGGAGCAUCCCUUUGUAUUUACCCGUGAGGUGGAUGGGGAUGGGUUGUGUCCCGCCGGCCAGUUGUGCCUCGACCCGCUCACCAAUGAAUCUUCAGUUUUGGAACGACUUUUCCAUAACCUAGCAGGACACAACAUAUCUUUUCCCACAGAACACAAGAAGUGUUGUUAUGGUUACUGCAUUGACCUGCUAGAGAAGCUUGCAGAGGACAUGGGCUUCACUUUCGACCUCUACAUUGUAGGUGAUGGGAAGUACGGGGGGUUCAAGAAUGGUCGCUGGACAGGAUUGGUGGGUGAUCUGCUCAGUGGCGCUGCCCACCUGGCAGUGACUUCUUUUAGCAUUAAUUCAGCUAGAAGCCAAGUGAUUGACUUCACUUCGCCCUUCUUCUCCACCAGCCUGGGAAUUCUGGUUCGAACUCGUGACACAGCUGCACCCAUCGGUGCCUUCAUGUGGCCUCUCCAUUGGUCCAUGUGGCUCGGCAUCUUCGUCUCCCUACACGUCACAGCAGUCUUUCUCACCCUGUACGAGUGGCACAGCCCCUUUGGUAUGACUCCGCGUGGACGCAACCGCGACCGGGUGUUCUCCUUUUCCUCAGCUCUCAACGUAUGCUACGCCAUUCUGUUUGGGAGGACGGUGGCCAUCAAACCGCCAAAGUGCUGGACAGGCCGCCUGCUGAUGAACCUCUGGGCCAUCUUCUGUCUGUUCUGUCUGUCCACCUACACCGCUAAUCUAGCUGCUGUCAUGGUUGGGGAGAAGACCUAUGAACAACUGUCAGGGAUACAUGACCCAAAGUUGCACCAUCCCUCUCAGGGAUUCCGAUUUGCCACAGUGAGAGAAAGCAGCGCAGAGGACUACCUCAAGAAGAGUUUUCCUGAGAUGCACGAGUACAUGAGAAGAUACAAUGUCCCGGCAACACCAGAUGGCAUCCAUAAUCUAAAGGCUGACCCUCAGAAGCUCGAUGCUUUCAUCAUGGACAAAGCUCUGCUGGACUAUGAGGUCUCCAUAGAUGCAGACUGUAAAACACUAACAGUCGGAAAACCCUUUGCUAUAGAAGGCUAUGGGAUUGGCCUCCCUCAGAACUCUCCACUCACCUCCAAUAUCUCAGAGCUUGUUAGUCAGUACAAGUCAGAUGGCUUCAUGGACAUGCUGCAUGACAAAUGGUACAAGGUUGUACCCUGCGGGAAGCGCAGCUUUGCUGUGACUGAGACACUGCAGAUGGGUAUCAAGCAUUUCUCCGGUCUGUUUGUGAUGCUCUGUGUGGGCGUGGCCUUAUCUCUACUGACCACAAUAGCGGAACAUGUCGUGUACAAGCUCGUGAUCCCGAGGGUCAAGGAGCCACGCUUCAAAUACUGGCUGCACACUAGCCAGAGAUUACACCGAGCCCUCAACUCAGUCUUCACUGAUGACAAACUACCGACUGUUACCAAGCCUGAGAAGAGGUGCAAUGAGGGAAACAACCAGUCAGCAUCUUGGAAUUCAUCCUCCCACUGCAACAGGCGUAGGGUACUUCCACAAGAAAUGCAGAAUGACCUGGAACACACAUCCUCCCAGGAUCUUCCUCCUCCACCUCCCCCAUCUCCCUUGCCCCAUCCCCAUUCUCUUCCCCUACUGGAGAAACACCUGCCCAUAGUGACCAACUCUAACGGUCGCUCUGACCUGUUAGGGCGGGGGUUGAGCCAAGGACUAGGGCCAGGGCUGGGGGGCUCUGGGCAGGGCAUAACAUCAGGACAGUGCCGGGGUUUGGGUGUAGGUGACAGCGUCCCCGGCCUGGGUAUGGGCCGGAACCCGCUGGUUCAGGAGCUGUCAGAACUGGAGGGUCAAAUCCUCGUAAUCAAGCAGCAGCUGCAGUCAGCCAUGAGGCGGAAGAGAGAGUUAGAACAGUACCAAUCAGAAAACCAGCAAGCAAACCAGACUGCACCCAGUCAGCCCACUACGCACCAGUCUAACCAGUUUGCUCACUAUACCCAGUCCCACCAGCAGACUAACCAACACACAAACACGCUCCCAGAGUUCUGAAGCUUUUUUCCUUCGUUCUGCCCAGAGAAACCUGGUUAGACAUGGGACUAGAUUCCCGAAACCUCCUCUAGGUUCUGGAAAAGGAUCCAUGUCUGCGUUUUAAAGAUGGAACAUUUUCAGAUUUCUGGAAGCUGAAUCCUCAGUUCCCUCGAACAAUGGACUGAAAUGUUCACCAAGGAUCAGAUCAUGCUCUGUAACUCCAGCAGAACAUUUUCUGACUUCUGGAACAUGACAAGAACAUGGACAAAGGUGAACCAGGCAUCCUGAAUCAAAUCUGUUCUCACUAGUUUAUUGCUGUUACUGAAGAGCUGUGCAAACUGUCCUCUUCUUGACUUCCCUUCCCCCAUUUUCUUUACCUCAUUUUCACCUCCUUCUGGUCCCUUCAUUGUUUCCUUUCACAUCCAUUCCUACUUAUCUCUACUCCUUGCUCGUGUCCCUCUCAUCCUUUCCAUCUAAGCUGUGUCUCUUCAAGGGUACAGAUUUGCUUGCCAUGAUGAUAAUCUUGAUCAUAGAUAUGACAAGUCUUUGGUAUUUAAGCUUAAUGGGCUAAUUCACCUGAGUCCUAUGUUGAGACUUAUUGAGAGUGUGAAUGACCUGAAGUUGAACCUAGCCACUCAAGUCUUUGUGUCCUCAAGUCUUGCUGAAUCCUUGCAUCUUUGAGGGGGAAGGAAAAGAACUACAACUGCUGGUGAUUGGUUGGUUACCAUUGAUAACCUAAUGUUUUGGCCUUUGACAAUUUCAAAUGCAUUCAAUUUGGCUUAGGUCAUUUAUUUCUGAGGGUUGGUGGGGUCAAAUGUUAUGAGCAAAAAACAAAAAAAGAUAAAGCAUCAGCAAGACACCUCUGUAUUCAUCAUAAGAUGCCAUCAUUCAUCUGCUUGGCAUCUUGUGGUGGAUUAUAGGACAAUACAAAAUAUUUUUUAGGGAUCUCUGUAUGAUGUUGUCCUGCACUUCACUGAUGCACUUCUGUAGAAAGCGGCACCUAAUGUACAAGUCACAAUUUAACAUGCCAGAGUCUGACUUGUGGUCUAGAUGUUUAUCUUUUUCAUAAUAGCUUCGGGAUUAUAAACAACACAGGAUCUAAAGUGGAAAUAAAUCCAAGAGUUUUCAGGUUUUUCAGUCAGGGACUCAAACCAGAACCUUUUUACCCAGCCUCUUGAGAUCAUACCGGUGCUCUUCUAAUCUCUUAACAAAACAAAUACAGGACAAAUUCAGUUUUUGCUACAAGCCCAUUGUUAAAUUAAAAAUAUAAGUAUGAACAUAGACCACAAGUCAAACUUUGACAUCUUAUUUGACUAUGAUGAUCAUUCACAACUGAACACACUGAAACAGUCCCUCUGUGAUGAGACCUGUUUUCUUGCAUUGUUUCUGUUUGCGUUUGGAUGUGUUCUGUUAUUAAA